AUGCGGUUUCGAAGCAGAGCGUGUGAAUUCUGCCUGGGCGCCGGGUUCCGGGAGCUCACCAGGUGUUUCCACUUUUCCUUCCGGGUGGCCAAUACCGGUGAACUGAAGACCCUCCUCCAGGAGCUGAGCUACAGAGUUGGGGUCCAGUCGGCACAGUUGCUCCGGCAGCUGAAGCGCAAAGACAGGCUCCUGCACAAAGUGCAGCGGAACUGCGACAUGGUGACGGCCUGCCUGCAGGCAGUGUCGCAGAAGAGACGAGUUGAUACAAAGUUGAAGUUCACGCUUGAGCCAUCUUUAGGUCAAAAUGGUUUCCAGCAGUGGUAUGAUGCCCUCAAGGCGGUUGCCAGGCUGUCCACAGGGAUCCCAAAGGAGUGGAGGAGAAAGGUUUGGCUGACCCUGGCGGAUCAUUACUUACACAGCAUAGCCAUCGACUGGGACAAAACCCUGCGCUUCACUUUCAAUGAAAGGAGUAACCCUGACGAUGACUCGAUGGGCAUUCAAAUAGUCAAGGACCUCCACCGCACAGGCUGCAGCUCCUAUUGCGGCCAGGAGGCCGAGCAGGACAGGGUGGUGUUGAAGCGGGUGCUGCUGGCCUACGCCCGGUGGAACAAGAACGUCGGCUACUGCCAAGGCUUCAACAUCCUGGCCGCACUCAUCCUGGAAGUGAUGGAGGGCAACGAGGGGGACGCGCUGAAGAUUAUGAUUUACCUCAUUGAUAAGGUCCUUCCUGAAAGCUAUUUUGUCAAUAAUCUCCGGGCGUUGUCUGUGGACAUGGCCGUCUUCAGAGACCUCUUGAGGAUGAAGCUCCCAGAACUGUCCCAGCACUUGGACACCCUCCAGAGGACAGCAAACAAAGAGAGCGGAGGUGGAUAUGAGCCCCCCCUUACGAACGUCUUCACCAUGCAGUGGUUUCUAACCCUCUUCGCCACGUGCCUGCCCAAUCACACGGUUCUGAAGAUCUGGGAUUCGGUCUUCUUUGAAGGCUCAGAAAUUAUCCUGCGGGUGUCACUGGCCAUCUGGGCCAAGCUGGGCGAGCAGAUAGAGCGCUGCGAGACGGCGGACGAGUUCUACAGCACCAUGGGGCGCCUCACCCAGGAGAUGCUGGAGGAUGACCUGCUGCACAGCCAUGAGCUCAUGCAGACGGUGUACUCCAUGGCCCCAUUCCCUUUCCCGCAGUUGGCGGAGCUGAGGGAGAAGUACACCUACAACAUCACCCCCUUCCCGGCCACCGUCAGGCCUGCCUCGGCUUCUGGACGACACAGUAAGGUCAGAGACAGUGAUGAAGAGAAUGACCUAGACGAUGAAGAUGCUAUCGUCAACGCAGUGGGGUGUCUUGGGCCAUUCAGUGGGCUCCUGGCGCCCGAACUGCAGAAGUUCCAGAAGCCGAUGAAAGAUCCGGAUGCGCAGAGCCCGAGGCCCAGCAACAUCGCAGAGCUGAGUCCCGGGGCCAUCAACUCAGGCCGCGGCGAGUACCAGGCGGCCUUCAACAGCAUGAUGAUGGAGCGCAUGAGCACGGACGUCCACGCGCUGAAGCGGCAGUACUCGCGCCUCAAAAGGAAGCAGCAGCAGCAGGCCCACCAGGUGUACAUCCGGGCAGACAAAGGCCCGGUGACCAGCAUCCUCCCAUCUCAGGUCAAUAAUUCUCCGGUGAUAAACCACCUCCUUCUGGGAAAGAAGAUGAAGAUGACCAACCGCGCGGCCAAGAACGCCGUCAUCCACAUCCCUGGCCACACAGUAGGCAGGACGUCUCCAGUCCCCCACGAAGACCUCAAGACCAAGCUCAACUCUCCCUGGCGGACUCACAUCCGAGUCCACAAGAAGACCCUGCCCCGGACCAAGAGCCAUCCGGGCUGCGGGGACACGGUAGGGCUGAUAGAGGAUCAGGGUGAGGCCAGCAGGACCCCCAGCCUGGGGGCAGCGGAGGCAGCUUCCUCAGGCUGUGUGGAGACAGCUUCCGGGGAAGGCCGCAGCUCCAACGGCAGCACCGGGAGGGCCAUCGAAGGCCGGUCUCCGGAGCCAGCAUUUGGGGACGCGGCCGUGGACGUGUCUGCGGUCCAGGUGAAGCUGGAAGCCUUGGAACUGAACCAGAGGGCGGCUGUGCCCGAACCCCAUGAAUCCCAGGGGCACGCACCUGACCAGCGGCCCCUUCCCGAGCCACCCGGUGCGCCUGGGGAAAACAGAGCCACCAGCAAACCACCCCAAGCCACCACCGCCAAAACCCCCGUCUUCAGCCCCUUCCCCAGCGUCAAGCCCCUGCGGAAGUCGGCCACCGCCAGGAACUUGGGCUUGUACGGCCCGACGGAGCGGACGCCGACCGUGCACUUUCCUCAGAUGAGCCGGAGCGGCAGCAGACCCGGUGGAAACAGUGGCACCAAGCAGCGGUGAUGCCGGGGCCUUGGUCUGUGGACUCACCUUUCUGGCUGCGUGGCAUUGCCGGCUGGACGCGGCGCGGGAUGGCUCAGCUCAUCAGCGCAAAGGAAGAAACAGGCUCAGAGAUGGGCGGUGGCUGUACGGUGGGACUCGGAAAUUCCAGGAUGGUGGCUCGCUAGGCGCGUUUCCCGUCCGUUUGGUCCCUGACAAAGUGGGUUCUUGAUAUUGCGGUUUAAAGGGCAAAAUCUCCCCACCUUUUCAUCGUGAGCUGCUUAGAAAAGAUCACACUGAGACCGUUAACCCCCUCCCGUCCUGACCCGAGGGCCCUCGGGGUCCCCACGAUGACGGCCCCCACACCUUCGAGUGCUCUGGGUGCAGGCACACACCAGCUUGCGGGAACAGAAACUGUCAAAAGCAAAUACGUUUCUUUGUCGCAAAAAACUUCCUGAUCUUCCUCUUCCUGUGACCUCCUGGGGGGACUGUUUGUGUCGUGUGGGGUUCCCUUAGUGCCAGUCUCAAAAUGUUUCUUUACUCUUAUGCUCAAACGUAGGAGAAACGUCUAGCUAGCCUUUAGCUUUCUGUUUCUACUUGCGACACGAAGAGAACCUUUGUUGAAAUCUGCGUUGACAGCCAUAUGAGCGUUGCACCUGUGGGAUGUGCUUUCCGUUCCUGCCACCGAGCUUUCCCGGGGUUCACUCCCUCCUGUCAGGAGCGUCGGGUCCUUGGUGGGCCGGGGCCUCCUGGGGCUCCAGGUGGAGUGCAACCUGGCCCCGCCCUGCAGCACACCAGCCCACCUGCACUCAAGGCAGAUGGACAAGGCGCCCGCUUCUUGAGCCUUGGGAUUUUCUGAUGGACGUCCUCUGUCGAACCCUCGGUCUCUUGAACACUGCCUUUCUCCCGAGAAGGUCCCAGGGCUGUCUGGCUCUCUCUCUCGCCCACCCCUGCCCUGGUCCUGCCGGGUCAGGGAGAGCACCGCUUGUCUCCAUGAUGCAGACGGUGGCGCUGAGCCACCCAGAGGCAAAGCAGCCUUGGGAAUGUGAGGCGCUGAGCUCCCAGCACCCCGGGUGAUCUUGGCCAGUGUCUUCAGGGCAGCAGGUGGGCGCGUGAAGUGCUCUUCGCAUGAGAUGGCCACACGCUCCGCUCCUUCCCUACUCCAAGGACCUUCCCCACGUGGAGGCGAGUCCUAUGAUGGCACUUCACAAAACCAGCUCCAACUUGCUUAUCCUGGGAAAGUAGUUUUUUUAAAAGUCAGGGUCUGUGUCAGUGCAGUGGCAUGAUCCUGGCCUACGUUAGCCUCGACUU